AUGUCGAGAAGAGCGCCGUCCAAACUCUGCCGUCGGACGUAUUUCCUUCAGACCGGAACGGCCACGUCGAUAUCCGAGAUGCGAAAGGAGCUUGGACCCGAAUUGGCCGACGUCAUAAUCGAAACCCUUCAACCCAGCCAACGGACAGCCGUACAACCAGAACGUUUACUGGUCUCCAGUGAGCCAACGCCCGUUGAAGAGUACGAUUCCGAGAGGAUGCGAGGACAAAUUCACGAGCACAUCCUCCUGCUAGGGGACACCAUUUCGCAACGCGUCCACGGAUACUGGCGGGAGCGGAUGCGGACAGCAGCGGCUGCGGCUGCGGCCGGUACCAGCUCGGACGAUGUGGAUUUUUGCCGCUUUGAAUGUCGCCAGAAAAUAGACAUAGCACGGGAGCAGGAACGGCAGCGCUACGAAGCGUUACUGCGGGACAUGGAGCAAACCAUGCGCCAACGAUUCUGGGAGGAGAAGCGCGAACUCCAUCGGUCGUACGCCAAAGCUCGUGCUUUGUGGGCUGAGUUUGUUUGUCGGAAGGUGCGAAAACAGGCCAAGGAAAUGCUGCACAAGAUCGCGGCCAACUACCGGGUGCAGUUGGAGCGGGAAGUGAACCGUCGCAUGGGGCUGGAGAAGUCGCGAAUUGUUGGCGAAAUGGAACAAAUUGUGCAGACUACUGUGGAGCAGCAAAAGCGUAUGGAUGAACGUGCCAUCCAGUGGAUGAUCAAUCAGUAUGAAGAACUGCUCAAAUUCGUCAACGAGUACAACGGUUGCUUGCAGGUAGUAGAAAUGACCAGGGAAAUCUGCGCGCUGCGAUCCGCCCCACAUGAAUGCCGUUCCACACAAGUGUCCUUAGGUGGUAUUGAAGAAAUUGGGGGAAAUUCUUUCAACGCAAACAUCAAUUCUUCAGACAACCUAGUUCUGGACGAUCAAGUUACGUUACCUUCCGCGGAUCUGGCCAAGUGCAAUGUGUUUGUAGUGACUCAAUGUCUCCCUGGUCGCGAAAUUGAACUUGUGAAUGAGGACGUAGUUCCGGUUGAGUAUCCUUCAAACGCUGCAUUUGAAUCAGAUGGUGUGGAAAACCAAAACGGCGCCCUUGAUGAGGAAAGUGAGCGAUCCUCUGUUGAGAAGAUUACCAUUGGGGGUUUAACCUAUGCCCAACCGAAGUAUUACGAAAAAACCUAUAGAGAUCUCUUUGGAGACGUUUCAUUAUGUUGGGAAAAAAUGGACAACGUGAAAAUAUCAGACGAUCUGGACAUUGUUCCAGCUGCUGCUGCACCCUCUUCUUCCAGUUCGGAAGCGGGCGAUAUGAGCGAGGCCAGGUCGAUUGAAAGUCAGCCUAGCUAUCGCGAAAGUUACGAUCCGAUAGCAGAAAUAGGCCGACGUUUACUGCCCUCUGUGGAAAGUGUUCCGGAUGUCCAUGUUCCUCCGGAAGAGACCCCAUUCGAGGUGUUAUUUGAUCUGUCGAAAUCGGAAAGUGAAAUCGCGGAGGUUGCUGAUACAUUCACUCUGCAAUACAUUCGUGCCACGGAUUACGACUUUGAACUGAUGUUUCCAACGCACGAGAACUCAAAUGAGUGA